AUUUAAUUUACAAACAGUUCGAUUUUAAAUAUAGAAUAAAGACUGGAAGACGCAAGGUUAAUAAAUAAUUAAAAUAAAGGACUACAGGAAGACGCGCGCGCUGUUGAAAGUUUCAUCGAUCUGCGCGCUCUCGUCGCGUGAUGCCGAAUUGAGUUCGCUGGGGUCUCGUGGAACGGCGCGAAUACUCCGACGGUUUCUCAGCGGAUGUGCUUUAAAUUUCCGUCGUGAGCGGAGUUCAUUUCGAGGCUGUAGUCUGAUUUUUGAGCCCGUUACCGGAUAUCGAGGCUGUGGAAAGCGCAAUGACAGCUCGGUUCGUGCUUGAGGAGGGGUCAACGGUCUUAUUUCUGAGGUCAUUGCAGUGUUGAAUUCACAGUGCAGCCCACAGAUGCAGUAAACAAACUUCAUCACCAGAAGGCUUGGAGACGAAGCACUCCUGUUCAUGGAGGGCCACUGGACCCUGCUGCUGUUUCUGGGGGCGUACCUGUUCCGCCUGGCUGCUGAGACACGCUUGAUUUCAGGCCAAGACAUCUACACCAACACGUGGGCCGUCCACAUUGAAGGAGGAGCAGAGGAGGCUGAGAGGAUUGCACACAAACAUGGUUUCAUCAGUCACGGGCAGGUUUUCGGGGAUUAUUAUCAUUUCCAGCACAGGGGUGUGGUGAGAAGAUCUUUGUCCGGUCAUCGUGGGGUUCAUGUCCGACUGCACGCUGAGCCACAGGUGAUUUGGGCAGAGCAGCAGAUUGCCAAGCGAAGACACAAGAGAGACAUUCAUAUUGAACCCACAGAUCCAAAAUUCUCCCAGCAGUGGUACCUGUACAAUCCCAGUCAUGGAGACCUGAAUGUGAAGGAGGCCUGGGCUCAGGGCUUCACAGGAAGUGGAGUGGUCGUGACCAUUCUAGAUGACGGCAUUGAGAAAGAUCACCCUGAUCUAGCCAGAAACUAUGAUCCCGACGCCAGUUAUGAUGUGAAUGACAGAGAUCCAGACCCUCAGCCCAGAUACACACAGCUAAACGACAACAGACAUGGGACACGUUGUGCCGGGGAGGUGGCGGCAGCAGCAAACAAUGGCGUCUGUGGAGUGGGUGUGGCCUACAAUGCCAACAUCGGAGGUGUGCGGAUGUUGGAUGGAGAGGUAACAGAUGUUGUGGAGGCUCAGUCUCUGAGCUUGAACUCCCAACACAUCCACAUUUACAGCGCCAGCUGGGGCCCAGAGGAUGAUGGGAAGACAGUGGAUGGCCCUGCCAAACUGGCCAAAGAAGCUUUCCUGCAGGGGGUUACUGAGGGUCGAGGUGGACUGGGCUCUAUCUUCGUGUGGGCAUCGGGUAACGGAGGGCGAGAGCGGGACAGCUGCAACUGUGACGGAUACACCAACAGUAUCUACACGCUCUCCAUCAGCAGCACCACACAGUAUGGCAAUGUGCCGUGGUACAGUGAGGCCUGUUCCUCCACCCUUGCCACCACCUAUAGCAGCGGAAACCUCAACGAGAAACAGAUUGUGACAACGGACCUGAGGAAGAAGUGUACAGACUCACACACAGGCACGUCUGCCUCGGCUCCGCUGGCCGCUGGAAUCAUCGCUCUCGCUCUGGAGGCCAACAUGAACCUGACCUGGAGAGACAUGCAGCAUCUUGUUGUAAGAACCUCACGUCCCGCCCACCUAAUAACCAACGACUGGAGGACCAAUGGCGUGGGCCGAUUAGUGAGCCAUUCUUACGGCUAUGGUCUGCUGGAUGCUAGUGCCAUGGUCACUUUGGCCCAGAACUGGAGCAACGUGGGGCUGCAGCACAAAUGUGUCAUUAAUAUGCUGAACGAGCCCAGGGAAGUAAGAAACCACCUGGUCUUCAGCAGAAGUGUAGAGGCCUGUUCUGGGCAGCUGGACUUUGUGAGAUCUUUGGAGCAUGUACAAGCCAGACUCACACUCUCCUAUAACCACAGAGGAAACCUGGCUGUUCACCUCAUCAGCCCACUGGGAACUCGCUCCACGCUGCUGGCUCCACGGCCUCAGGAUAACUCAGCCGAAGGGUUCAACGACUGGGCAUUCAUGACCACUCACUCCUGGGACGAGGACCCUCGGGGAGAAUGGACGCUGGAGAUUGAGAAUGUGGCUGGACUUAAUGAUUAUGGGGUUCUUUCACAGUUCACCCUCAUCUUAUACGGCACCGGCUCCAGUGCCACAGAUCCGUCCAUUUCCGAUUACACCCGGCCUUCAAACAACAGCUGCAAAACCUUUGACACCCAGCAGAUCUGCAUCGAAUGCAGCACGGGUUUCUCGCUUUUCUUGCAAGGCUGCGUGAAGUCCUGCCCUCCCGGCUUCAGCUCUGGGCUGCAGGUGCUCAACUUGUCGUUGGACAGCUGGGUGGAACAUUCCACCGUACAGGCGUGCCUGCCCUGCCACCCGGUCUGCCUGACAUGUUUCGGGUCCGGGGAAAACGAAUGUCUUUCCUGUCCCCCCCACAGUCACUUAGUGGCCACUUCUUGUUUGCACCAGAACCAGCGAAAAUGGCCCAGCAUUCCCAUGCUUCAGCACAAGGUGGACUUAAACUCAGAUAAAUCCUUGCACGAUCCCGGCCUAUCCUCAAGAUUGCCGGCACUGGUGGCGGUGCUCAGCUGUGCCUUCAUCCUGGCCACUUUCGCAGCAGUUUUUGUGCUGCUUCAGCUGCACUCCAGAGCAGCCAGUGCCCCGUUCUGCCGAAGGGCCAAACUGCCACUGUUGGAAACGGGCGGAGGGGGAAUACGAGUGGGCUUCGGGUUCGGACUCGGCCGGGGGAAAGUGUCGUACCGGGGUAUCCCCACUGUGUGGGGGGACGAGGAUACAGCGGGAGGGAUGAACUCUGAGUCCGACAGCGAAGAGCUGGAGUAUCACAGCGAAAAGACUGCUUUUAUACGGACUCAGAGCGCUCUUUAGCACCACAUAUAACAGUUUUACAUCUGUCUUCCUUGUACUGGGACACAGAACUAGUCUGCACUACAGUCUUAAUAGAUCCACUGCAAAGUUUAUGUGUGUCUGAGAGAGAGAAUGCCAUAUAUGAGCUAUAAUGGUACAAUUGCGGUUUGAUGAGGUUGACUCUAACGCGAUUAAACCUAGGACAUCUCCGCUGCGCUCUGCUCCCUUUAUUUUCACCUUUAUUUGUCUUAGUGGUCUAGCCCCCAGGAUUAAUACCAUCAGUUGGUGUGUGUGUGUGUGUGUGUGUG